AUGCAUUUUUAUUUUGACGGGCGCUGGUGCCGCAGUGACCUCCGUUGCGGCUUAGAUGGCAAUGAACGAGCCGUUGGAGCCGCUGCUCCUGCGCUGGAUGUCGCUAGGGCUUGCGGAGGAGGAACUGCUGCAGCACUGCAGGCGGCUCGGAAACGACGACGAACCGCCGCUGACCUCGACGCCAUCUCUGUUUCCGUCCCUGGCGUUGGCGGCGCCACUGACAGCGUACGAGGAAGAGCGGGGCGCCUCAGGGCAUUUGACGAGGUGGCAGCAGAUGCGAGGUUAAGUGAGGCGCAGCCCGACAUGGAACUCUUUUCGCGCCACACUUGUUGGCUUUCAGGAAGUGGAGGACAUACGGUGUGCUCUGGUCAGCUGCGUGACGCACUUCUUUAUGACUUUGCAUUUUCGUCUGGACGGAGCCGCGAGGCCGUCGGGGUUGCUGUUCAAACAGAGGCCAAUAGGCUGCGCGCGACCUUCUUUGUGGCGUGCGAUGACCCCGCCCGUGCAUGGGAAGCGGACGAUCUUGUUGCGGCCGCAGGGUCUUCUGCCGCACAUCACCUGCUGUUGUUGCAGCGGGCGGGCGGGUUGAAGUCUCGGGUGCAGCGGGUAUUGAGGUGCGCUGCCUAUUUGAACAUGUAA